GUUCCUGUGGAAAUCGUUGCUCGAGGUUCUAAGGCCCUCGAAGCUUACCAUCGAGCCAUCGAAGAAGGAAAAACUAGUGUGAAAAGAGUGCCAAUCAUGUUCAUUGGGCAAGGUCAGUCUGGAAAAACAAGUUUAAAGAGAUCACUUAUAGGAGAGGAAUUCAAUCCAGAAGAAUGCAGUACUAUAGGCAUCGAAACAGAUCCUUCCUAUUGUAAAGUAUCAACGGAAGUUUGGAAAAUGGGAGAGGCAACCCACGAAAGAGAUUCAAGCAUGGAGCCAAUCUCUUUUGAAAAACACACAGCUCAAUAUAUUGUUAACAGCCUCGAGAAAAACGAACGAAGAAAAGAACUCAAGCCUAGCCCAUCUCGUUACGACAAUGUACCUGAGAAGAAAGGAGGUCCAUCUUCCUUAAAUAAUAAUUGUGUAUCAUCCGGUGCACCAAAGGUUAAAGCUGUGCCAGAAGAAAUAGCAUCAUUAGUUACCAGGCUACUUCAAGUUGUGCGCGUUGACGAAGACAAAGAUGAAAUCUUUUCAACUUUGUGGGAUUUUGGCGGGCAGUCAGUUUAUUAUUCUAUCCACCCACUUUUUCUAACAAGAGGGGCAAUUUACCUUUUGGUUUAUAAUCUCAACCGAGAUCCAGAGGAGAAGUCUAUAUCUCGAGUAAAGCGAGGAUUAUUCAAGUCUAUCAAAGACGUUCUUUCUAAGAAGAGUAAUAUGGAUUAUCUCAACUUUUGGAUGUCCUCAGUUUCUAGUUUGGUUCCAAACAGUGAGAAGCCUCACGAAACCCCUUCAACUUCCAUGCAACCAGAACUUCUGCAGCCCCCAGUUAUUCUGGUCUUUACCCAUGCUGACAAGCCUCACAAAGGUGCAGAUCCUGAAGAGCUUGCAAGAGAGAUUUUUGGAAAUUUGAAGGAAAAAAGUUAUGGUAAACAAAUUGUGGACUUCUUUGUCGUAGACAACACUAAGUCUGGGAGUAAGGAAGAAUGUGAAGGGGUUAUUCGUUUGAGAAAAGGGGUGCUGGACACUGCCAAGAAGCUGCCUCAGCUGAAAGAGGUUAUUCCAAUCAAAUGGCUGAAGUUUGAAAAGGCUGUAAAAGAGACGGUUGAGCACGGAAGCAAAUGGAUUUACGUCGAAGAUGCGAAAAGAAUUGCACUUGAGGUAUGCGGAAUUUCCACUAAAGAGCAGUUUCCAACUAUGUUGAACCUCCUACACGACCAGAGAAUUUUGAUUCAUUUUGACGACACCCGAGAGUUAAACAAAAUCGUUAUUUUGGAUCCACUGUGGUUGAUAGACGUCUUCAAGGAGGUGAUUACUAUUCCGCCCUUCAAGAAGAGUAAAAAGGAACAUACAGAACAGUGGAAAAAGCUUGAGAAAAGGGGAAUCUUGGAAAAGCGACUCUUAGAAGACUUGUGGGAUCCCCUUCUUGACACCCGAGAAAAUUUUGACGUCGACAGUCUUAUCAACAUGAUGGAGAAAUUUGGUUUGUUAUGCCCUUGGCCGUCGUCUGACGAGAGUGGGUCACCCAGUGAGUAUCUUGUACCUUCUAUGUUGAUGUCUCCCCCGAAGAAUGUCACCGAUUUGUUUUCGUCUGCGGGUAUUCCAUCCCUUUUUGUGAAGUUUAAAUCGGGUCAAUUGCCAAUUGGACUGUUUCCUCGCCUAGUUCUGAUGGUCAUGCAAUGGUGCACACGGGAAGGUCUCAACCAAGAGCACCCUAAACUGUAUCACAAUUUCGUCAGGUUUUACACACACCCAGCUAAAGGCAUCUCUCUGAUCCUUCUCUGCCGUUCCUCUUUCAUUGAAGUUGUCGUUCAUCAUGGGAAGUGAAAGGCAGGGGCUUCCGAGAAUGAAAAGAUGAAUCUACCAUCUGUACUUAGCCAAGACACUCACCAAGUAGAGUUUGCUCGUAUUGUGUGCCGACAACUGGAACUGAUUCUCGAAUGCAUGCGGAGGGAGUUUCAUUGGUUAAAGAACAUGGCUUACGAAAUGUCAGUUUGCUGUCCAAUUUGUUGCACAAGAAAGACAGUGAAAUAUUGUGACACCCAUUAUGUAAGUGGCUGCAAGGAGGAAGAAUGUCUACACUUCUGGUCAGAGUCACAGUUGCAUGAUUGUAAAAUGCCUGUUGUAUGCACCAGGCGUGUAGAUGCUGGAGAAUACAGGGUUGCACUUGAGCCCUUCGCAUCAUGGUUUCCAUUUUUGCAUAAAACGGUAAGUUAAAAUUUUGUCAGUGUUCAAUAAGAGUUACUCAUUUUCAUACCAUUGCCUAUCAUCGAUUAAUAAUUGUUGCCUAAGCGCGAUUGGUCUAUUCACAUGACGUGACCGAUUAUUUCCUUGUUAAAACUGGGGAUACCCGAGGAUAUAACCCAAUUUUCAAACCUCACGUCUACUAGGAAAAGUCUUCGUUAAAAUUUAAUUAAAGAUGAGAGAGGGUUUUUUGGUUGUUACAGAAGAAAUGGAUGUUGUUGUGUAAAUCAUCCACAUCCACGUACCAGAGAACACUGAAAAGUGAAUAUAUGUCUCACGCAGUAAACGGUGAGCUGUUCAUUAACGUGUUUUUCCUACGCGCAGGAUAAUAAACACAAUAGCCUCCAUUUGUCCAACGGCAAAGAACGUGCAAAUUUUCGCGCCAGAUGCAGGCUACUGUUUAUUCAUUGUAUCGAAUGUACCAGGAAGGUGAUUUCAGUGCCAUACUUUAAGGCAGACGUCUUUAGAGAAAAUAUCUACUUUCAACUAAAUCUCAAUAUUUGUGACUUUCAAAGUUUUACUUGUAAAAAUGUCAUUUCACUAUUAUAACGAUCCCUUCGUGGGAAGGAAAGUAGUAAAGGAUACCGCUAAACCUAAAAAACCAAACUGCGUGUAUUAUCAACGAUAGAAUGCGAGAAAAAGUACAACAAUAACUUAAACAGAGACGAGUUAUUGACAUAAUAAUUAUGAAAUCAACAGGGAGUCACUGGCGAGGGCAACCAGGAAUCAGCUUUACCUUAUAUACGGAAGGUUAGUUUCUGCAUGUAGACUUUGUAGUUACUGAGCGGUUCUCCAAACGAUGCAUUAGCCAUAAAUUUGUGCCACACGAACGAGAGAGUGUUUCUUACGGUCCCUUGGUUCCGCUUUGUCAUUGUUAUGCAUAUUUCGUCUGUGUCAUUUCAUCAGGUAAAUUUUAUCGAACGUUAAAGUCGUGUUAAACCGGGUUUGAGAUGUAAUUAAAGUCGGAGUGCAUUUCCUUGUUAAAACGCAAUACAGGAGCAUGUUUCCAUUUCGUAAGGUGAAUUGGAAGAAGAAAAAUUGAAACUUUAAGUUUAUGAAGCGGAAUAACAGUUACACAGUUUUAGGUGUUAAUCCCGUUGAAGCCUGUUUUUGUUGGACUUAAUUUUCGCACCCACUUAUGUUGCACAUUAUAUGUAUGAGCUUAUUAUUCUUGUAUUGAUGAAUAUCUUUUUUAAACCCGUGUUAUUUAUAUUUCAAACCAAGCGCUUAAGAUGAAACUGAACAGCGAAAAUCAUUGAACUGAGUCCUUUACUUCAUCGAUAUUUUUAGGGGAAGGCGAACAAGCCCUUGUCCUCUUCGAUGGGCUGGUUCAGGCCCUUCAGUUGAGGACAUGCGUAGCAGACGGUGUUGUCGCUCUAUUUCACGAAAGUUUAUCAUUGGACCUAGCAUCUCUAGAACAGCCAGACCCAGAGACAAAGCACCAAAUUCGCUGCAUUUGUUUAAAAGCCAAAUCUACAGAUAGACUUGAUGUUGUAAAACGGUUACGACAGAUAACACCUGCUGGUACAACAGGUAUGAUGGUUUGAAUUCUGCUGAAUUCAGACAGCUGGAGAGAAUAAUUCUAUCGAAUCACAUUGUCGAAAAACCAGACGAUUCAUUACAAGUCAUUCGACGGUGAUUUGUAAACAGCCAAGUGGUUGGCAUUCCUUUAAGUGAUCGAUAUUUUUUCCACUCUAACUUAAUGUUUCCUCUGCUCCAUUUGUGUAUCGCUUUAGAGAAUUAUCCGUGACAUUUAAAUAAAAGCGAGAUUGAUUUAAUUGGCGUCUCAUUUUAUUCCAAAGAAGUAUUUUCUCUUUACUACUUAGGUCCUUUGUUACCUGAAGCUUGUGACGUGGCCAAUAUUCCUAUUAGACAGAGAGAGAAUCUGACGAUUCAUUUGAGCGGUAAGUACUAA